UACAUCAUGCACUUUGUGGGGCCGCCGUCCCCCGUAAUGUGGGUGUACCGUACCCGUUACCUGAAGAUCUGCUGACUAGCCCAGAAUAAUACGUUCUUCGUCGAGGACUUCAACUGGAGGAAUAUAUCCUCCAUGCUUCAACCAAGUUUGACACAAACUUUUGAACAGUUUCUCGUCGCCGACAGUACACCCAGUACACUCAGAAUUAAAGAGUAAAGAGUAAAGAGUGGUAGUUCAUUUAAUUCCGUAUGCAAGUUUGCAGUUUAUUUUAUGAUCUUCAAGAACAUUUCUCCUGGCUAUACUUUUAGAGAAAAAAAUGUCUAUCUCGGCUGAAGUGGCAGGUGAAGAAGUACUGAGCAGCUUGAUAAUUAGAGUAGGAAACAGUCUCCCAAAGGCUACGAAGUUCUUCAAGGACUCAGCUCCAAAGAAUCUCCCGGAAACCAUCACAAACCCCAACAUGUCGUCUGAAUCUCAGGAUAGCAUCUUGGAAACCAUGGCAACAGCAGAUGACUAUCAGUUGAUGAACAAUAAAGGAGAUGACGAUGAGACGAUGGGGAUCAAGAUCAAAGAGGAGAAUAAUAACGAGAUUGAUAAAAGUUCAGUGUAUGAUUUCCACGAGGAGGAUGAGCCAGUUCCUUUGGAUGCCAUCAAGAUUGUACAACAGAUAUCGAACGAAGCUAACCAUCUAUUUGAUAAGGCUCCCCUGCAGGCCCAACCUCACCGCAUCCAGAAGAAUUUGAAAACAAUGCAUUAUGAAUGCCCUUAUUGUUCCUUCUCAUCAUUGUACUACAGCGCCGUCUCCAACCACACCUUAAUACACACCGGUGAGAAACCGUACCAGUGUCAUCUGUGUAACUACCGCGCUCGCCAACGAGGGCAUAUCCUUAUCCACAUGCGUAUUCACAGCGGUAAGAAACCCUUCAAAUGCUCCAAAUGCAGCUAUUCGACCAUACAGCGGAACCACUUGAGGGUACAUAUGCAGGUGCAUAGUAAAGACAGGCCGUUUGAAUGUCCGGGGUGUCCGUACCGCUCUAAGCAUCUCUCCAUCCUUCAGAUGCAUGUCAAGAAGUUCAAGCACGAUCACAUCUAUGAGUGUGUUCAGUGCGAUUACACCUCGUCACGUAAGCACAAUCUCACCCAGCACAUGUAUAUUCACACCGGAGCCAAACCGUUCAAGUGUGACAUGUGUCCGUACGAAUCCAGCCAGAAAGGUCAUUUGAAUAUUCAUAUCCGCAGUCACACCCGCGAGAAACCUUACAAAUGCAUGGAGUGUCCGUUCGCAUCCACUGUUCCAAAAUCCCUUCGAGAGCAUAUGUGCAUGCAUCAGGGGUUACGCCCUUACAAGUGCACCUAUUGCAGUUUCUCGACGAGCCAGUCGUUCUCCCUCAAGAAGCACGCCGCUCUUCACGUCACUGACCUUAUGACCUUUAGGUGUAAAAACUGCAACUUCAACUCCACGAACAAAGAAGAUUUUUUAAAGCAUCGCAAAGUCCACAAAGCACCCAAGUCUUACACUUGCAGCAUCUGUGAUUUUACAACUCCGUUUAAGUUUCAGUACACCAUCCACAUGCAAAGCCACGACAAUAACAUGGUCAGUUUGAACAUGGAUGAUGUCUCGACCAAAGAUAACUCUCAAAGCUCACCAAUAAAGUAUAACAACAAUGUAAAGGACAGUCCUACAUGUGAGAUGAUCUUAGUGAACGGGAAACUUCGUAAAAAAUGUUACGUUGAUCGCGAUGUUCAGAAAUCACCUAAAAGAGAGCAGCCCUCGGAGUUUAAAACAGGGACAAAGUUGAAAAUCAGUGUCAGUUCACUUGUCAAUGGGGGGAAGAAAACGCCCACCAAGACUACGUCCACCAAAACUACGCCCACCAAGACCAAAUUAGGACAGAGUGAAAUGAGUAAUGAAGCACAGUCGAGGUUGCCAUGGACUACACAGUCUCCCAGUAGUGCCACUAAGAAGAAAAUGAUGAAGAAUUACUUGUGUUCGUAUUGUGACGCUAAGAUACUCGGUCAGGAAGACUGGGAACAUCAUGAAGUACGUCACUUCAAGCAAUGGCCAGAAAUAGUAUAGAUACAUCGCACAUCUUAGACUUGUGGACAAGUCGUUAAAUGUCUGUCACGGUGAUUGCGUUCCGACUCUAUUUGGAAUCUCCCCGCAAUUCCCGCGGUAUCCUCGCGAGACUACUGCUUAAGCUUACUACUGCUCUCACGUCGACUACGGUCCCAAGUCGGCAACCAGCAGUGAUCUCGCGAGAGCAGUAUUCAAUCGCAGAAACGACACCGCCACAACUCGACUAUCUCACCGUGGCAAACAGUUAAAGACUUGUCCACAAGUCUACGCAAUCUAGACCAAAGACCUUCGGGUCGUACAUUCUAUUCCAGAAUCUACACUUUCUCGUCCAUUCUCCUUAAUUUAAUUCCACAAUCAAUUAGGAUUCUUUUGCUAUUGUAUCCCAAGUUGUACAUACGAAAGACAGAUACAAAAAAUCAAGCAAAGGUUUGGGGCUCGAAGGGGGCGGGGUGGGGGUAUGUAACAGCUGGUAGAACCUCAACCCUCACAUGGACAAAGUAACAAAUCUCUGAGUGUAAAAAAGUAUUUUACAUAAAAGACAGAGAAAUAAAUGAAUACAAAAUUGUCAUACAUGACAUAAAUGCAGAGAGGGAGUGAGCCCCCUCCCAGCCUGGCACUGAACCUAUAAUCCAGUGUAAUCACAAAAUAGUUUUUUCAGAUUAUUUUGAAAAUAUACAAAGUGUCCCUUUAUGGUUUAUGUGUGUUUGAGUGCUUCCAAUUUCUUAUGGACUUGAAGCGCAGACAGGGGAUGGAUUCCAUCCACCAAGUUUUAAAGUUUUGUCACAAAACAGUUUUUCCAUUGUUUUGAAAUAUGCAAAGAAUUUAUAUAAUUUUUUUAUUGUGAGUGCCUCCAAGUCAAAUAUUUGUGAAGUAAACAUACUAUGCAAAAGUGUAAAAGUGAUUUUAGACACGAUGCAAGAAUUUUAUUUUUUUUUUCCAGUUUUCUAAAAGAUACGAACAAGUAAUUAAAAUGCUUAACUUCCAACAAAGUGCUUAAUGAAAAAGUGUUGUGUUUUAACCAGUUGCCUUCUAUUAUAAAAUAACUCUAUGGCCAGUUUAGAAUUCACAGUUCGAGCUUCAGCUUACAUGUUUGUCUCAAGUUGUUGUUCAGUGACAUAAAUAUGCAAAGUGUUUUAUUUUUAGUUUAAGUGCCUCAAAAUCAAAUAUUUGUAAAGUUAACUUGUAACUAUACUAUGCAAAAGUGUAAAAAGGUGAUUUUAGACAUUUAUAUAUACAAGAUUUGUGUUUUCCAGUUUACUAAAAUUAUACGAACAAGUAUAUGAAAUGCUUAACUUCCAACGAAGUGCUGCAACUUUUAGUAUUUAACCAUUUGCCUUCCAUCAUUGCCUUCUACUAAAAAAAAUUCUUUGGCCAGUUUAGAAUUCACAGCUUAAAUUUUUUUUUAAGUGCAAGCACUUUUUAAAAAAUGCAUACGUUGCACUCAUAACAAACAACAACGUAUGGAGGACAAAACAUAGAAUACUGAAUGGCUGAAUAAUAAUGGAGAAAUAAAUAAGGCUUCAGCUUAAAUGUAGGUCAAGUUCGUGAAAGGACCAAAAACUAGUGGUUGUAUAGUGAUAUACAUAGAGCAUGCGCACAUACGUUAAGUGCAACCGACUCUAGAUGUCAAUGCGCCGGGCGACUGAAUCUUACGUUUUCUGAUAAUCGGUCCACUCUGCACUGUGCUAUGAAAUUGAUAUUGUCCUUUUAGCUUUAUAUUUGAGUUGAGCAGAAACCAGCACUACAACACAUUGUUUGUUGGUUGUUUCAAUUUGUUUUGAAAUUUGACUUAUUACAAAAAAACAUGCACAUUUUGUCAACGUGAACUCUUUUGUGAGCUUUGACCUGUUUUUAUAUGAAAGUGCCUUUUAAAAUCCUUUAUGUAGUUUUUACAUAUACCGGGUAAGUUUCUUAUUUUUGUAGUACAUACAAUGAGCUUCCUACUAUGGACCUGUGAACUGAAGGCCUUUUUUGUUUUAAAAAGAUUUCCUUUUUCACUUUUUUCUGUUAUUUUUACAAAUUUACUUAAUUAUUCCAAAAAUGAAUAACAUCACAUUUAUAUCCUUAAAAGUUUCUGGUUUUCAUUACCUUAAAGCCAUUUGACACUUUCGGUAAACAGUAUUGUCCAAGGCCCACACUUCGUGUAUUACAACUUAUAU